AUGCAAGGUCAAUCUUCAAAUAAGAAUAAGGCCAAGUAUGAUGAUUAUGGCUUCAUGGAUUUGAUUUUCUCUUGGUCCAUUGAAGACAUUUUAAAUGAAGAUCUAUACAAGAACAAGAUUAUGAAGAUUGAACUAUCGUUUCUGUCCAUUGAUCAUUACCGUGGAUCUUAUAUGUAUCCUUUAUUAGAGGAAACUCGAGCACAACUGUGCUCAAGUAUGGAUAUCAUACAGCAAGCACCUUAUGCAGAGGUGAGAGGUAUAAAGGAGGCCAAACCAUAUGAAAAUAAACUUUAUAACUUGAAAAUUGAUUCAUGGAAAAACAGGUUUGCUCAUAAUGGAGAACCAUACAAAACAUUACCUGGUGAUGUUUUAAUAUUGGCUGAUUAUAAACCAGAAGCUGUAAAAGACUUGCAAAGGAAUAGAAGAUUUUGGAGUUUUGUGUCCACUGUAUGGACAAAAGAAGAUGAAGACGGUAGCAUGUCUGUUUGCUUAAAAGUUAAGGCAUCAAAAGACAUUGACUUGCAAGAGUUGAGGAAUAAAACUCUAUUUCUCAUUUUCUUGACAAAUGUAAACCCUAAUAGAAGAAUAUGGGGUGCACUUCAUAUACCCGGUAAUUUGAAGCUACUAACGCAGAUCUUAUGCAAGAAGGAUGAGGUUGAGGAAUGCUGUAGUUGUAGCUCUCUGGCUGAUAAUUUAAGAUAUGACUGUUCAUAUCAAAGGUUAUUAUCAGACCUUAACGAAUCCCAAAAAAAGGCAAUUUCUGCAUGUCUUUCUGGCCUCAAUUGCAAUCACAACUCUGUUGUGAAGCUCAUAUGGGGACCACCAGGCACAGGAAAGACAAGAACUUUGGCCACACUACUUUUUGCUCUAAUGAAAAUGAAAUAUAGAGUCCUUGUAUGUGCCCCAACAAAUGUUGCCAUCAAAGAAGUGGCGACACGAGUAGUAAAUAUAAUGAAAGAGGCUCAUAGUAAAGAAUAUGGUGAUUUGUUAUGUUCAUUGGGAGAUUUGCUAUUGUUUGGGAACAAUGAGAGGUUAAGAAUAGGAGAUGAUAUUGAAGAUAUAUAUUUGGAUCAUCGUGUGCAACAACUCACAAAAUGCUAUUCUCAUUAUACUGGAUUCAGUUCUUGUCUUGAGUCCAUGAUUGAUCUUCUAGAAAAUUGUGUUUCCAAAUAUGAUGAGUAUGUUCAGAGUGAGUUGAAAAAAAGGGACAAGACAAAGCCAAAAUCAUUUCUAGUGUUUCUGAGAGAAGGGUUUGGUUCUGCAGCAUUGGAAUUAGAAUCAUGUAUUUCUAUCUUGUGUACUCAUGUAACCAUGAGUCAACGUCUGUUGUUGAAAAAUAACUAUCAGAACUUAGUGUGCUUGAAUGAAGCACUUGAAUCAUUUCAAGACCUGUUGUUUCAAAAUAUUUUGGCUUCUGAAGAUUUGGAAAACCUUUUCUCUUUCCAAAAUUUACCAUGGAUGAAAUCUUGGUCAUUUGGGGGUGCUGCUGAGCAGUUGUACAACAAGCGAACUGAAUGUUUGAUAGCUUUAAUGACUGUGAAAGAUUCACUUGAUGGAUUCAUGAUGAUAAUCUCUUCCAGCAAGGAAGACGAAAUCAGAGAGUUUUGUUUCCAAACAUCAUCAUUGAUAUUUUCUACUGCUUCUGGUUCUCAUAAGCUGCACAAUCUAGCCAUUAAACCGCUGAACAUCUUGGUGAUAGAUGAAGCGGCAAUGUUAAAAGAAUGUGAAUCAAUAAUACCAAGCUUACUUCCAGGGAUAAGUCAUGCAAUUCUUGUUGGUGAUGAAUGUCAACUGCCACCUAUGGUUAGAAGUAAUAUUUCCGAUGAAGCUGGUUUUGGGAGAAGUUUGUUUCAGAGGUUGAGCUCAUUAGGUUACACUAAGUACCUCCUCGAUAUGCAACAUAGGAUGCAUCCACAGAUAAGUUCGUUUCCAAAUUCAUAUUUCUAUUCUAACAAAAUUCAGGAUGCACCUAAUGUUGAAAGAAGUGACUAUGGGAAGCAAUACCUUCCAGGGCCAAUGUUUGGUCCUUAUUCUUUUAUAAAUAUAAUUGGAGGCAAAGAGCAGUUUGAUGAUGCAGGGAGAAGCUACAAAAAUAUGGCUGAGGUCGCAGUUGUAAUGACAAUACUGAAGAAUUUGCACAAAGCAUGGUUGGGUUCAAAGCAGAAGCUCAGCAUUGGUAUAGUGUCUCCCUAUGCUGGCCAAAUUGUUGCAAUUGAAAAGAAGCUUGGACAGUUUUAUGAAAGCCAUGAUGGAUUCAAAGUGAACGUGAAGUCGGUUGAUGGUUUUCAGGGAGGGGAGCAUGAUGUAAUUAUAUUAUCAACUGUUAGAACCAAUAGCAGAACGUUUCUUGAAUUCAUUUCUUCUCCACAGAGGACUAAUGUUGCUCUUACAAGAGCCAGGCAUUGUCUAUGGAUUUUGGGGAAUGAAAGGGCCCUUACACACAAAGAAAAUGUUUGGAAGGCUAUAGUGCUUGAUGCUAAGAAACGUAACUGUUUCUUUGAUGCGGACCGAGAUGAGCAAAUGGCUAAAGCUAUAUUGGAUGCAAGGAAAGAAUCAGACGAAUUUGAUGACUUGCUUGAUUCAAAUAGUGAUAUUUUUAAAAAUGCGUUGUGGAAGGUUCAUUUCAAUGACAAAUUCCGCAGAUCAUUCAAAAGACUAAGGUCUAACGAGAUCAAGAAGAAGGUUAUAAACCUUCUGGGAAGACUUUCAAGUGGCUGGAGACCAAAAAAGAUUGCAGUGGAUUUGUCUUGUGAGAAUUCCUCACAGAUUUUGAAGCAAUUUAAGGUUGAAAGCUUCUAUAUUAUUUGUUCAAUUGAUAUAGUCAAAACUUCAAGGUAUAUUCAGGUUUUGAAGAUUUGGGACAUAUUACCUGUAGAGGAUAUCCCUCAGUUGGCUAAGCGCCUUGACAAUGUAUUCAAAGGAUACACUAAUGAAUAUAUCAUUAGGUGCAAAGAAAAAGGAAGUUACAAAUACAAUGGAGGGAAUAUAGAGUUUCCAUUGAAUUGGCCACUUUCAGCUAAGAUCCAAAAAUUUGAGAGUGUUCAUAAUAAUCCAAAUGAGGGAGAGACAUGUGCUAAUGAAGAGGUAAGUGACGAUGAAAACUCUAAGGUUGAGGAGUGUAUGUUGUUGAUGAAGUACUGUUCUAUCUCAAGAAGAUCCUUGCUUUAUGGUCAAGAUGGUGUAGAAGUGGAUCUUCCAUAUGAAGUAACUGAUGAACAACGUAACAUAAUUCUCUACCCUCAAAGUACAUUUGUACUUGGUCGUAGUGGUACAGGAAAAACUACGGUUUUGAUUACCAAGCUGAUUCAAAAUGAGAAAUUGCAUCAUAUGGCUGUUGAAGAAGUCUUUGGAUCCAAAAUUCAUGUGAAUCCAGAAGAGUCCAAGGAGAUUGCUUCUGAGACUGAAAAACCAGUCUUAAGACAGUUAUUUGUGACAUUGAGUCCAGGACUAUGUCGGAAGGUUCAACAUCAUGUUUCUCUUUUGAAAAGGGAAAAUCGUCAACUCGUAAUGGCUAAAAAUGAAGAUUCUAGUGCUAGGAAGAUAGCCAAAACAAUUGCAAUGUGCCCACCAAUGUUAAUUGACGAGUUUAUUGAAAUCCAUGAAGAUGUUGAUGAUGAAGAAUAUCUAGGAGAUGAAAUUGGUAUGGAACAGGAAGAGAAUGCACACUAA